AUGAGUUCAUCCGUAUGCAAAACCUCUCAAGUGGAACUUGAAAAUGAAGUCGCGGAACUCGAGGCCCGGCUCGCAAAGGCCAAACAACAAUUGAAGUCCAGGACGGCGGCAACCGCCAGUGCUCACGAUGAGAAUGGACCAUCAUCUUACAAGCAACUACUAACACCACCAAGCCCACUCACGCAGACAGCGAUAACAGACUCCUCACAACACUACCUCCUGCUACUCUCCGACUCGGCACUGCCCCUGGGCUCAUUCGCCUUCAGCUCCGGUUUGGAAUCGUACCUAGCGCACGCGCGCAAUCACAACCACAACCACAACCGGACCUCACCAGCCCAACCAUCAGCACCAUCAGCAUCAGCACCCUCUUUCUCGUCCUUCCUCCCACUCUCGCUCUCCUCCUACGCCAGCACGACGCUGCCCUUCGUGCUGGCCGCGCACCGCGACCCAGCCGCGCUCGCGGAGCUGGACGAUUGUCUCGACGCAGCUGUUAUCUGUACUGUUGGAAGGCGCGCGUCCGUCGCACAGGGCCGCGCUUUGCUGUCCAUCUGGGAGAAGAGCUUUGUGAAUAGCAUGCCGAGUGCAUCAAGUCCGGCUGUGGAGGAGGGGGCGCGGAAGGUGUUGGGGGGGUUUGGGGGGUUGUUGAGGCGGGCUGGUGGUUCUGGUUCUGGUUCUGGCUCAUCUAUGACGACUACGACCAAACCCUCUUCGGCUCCUCAGACAUCCCCUGCGAUCAAAGCAGGGGCAAUCGAAAAACACGAGCCACACGAACAAGAUGAUGAAGAACAGACAGAAGAAUUCCCAGACCCAGACCCAGCUCUCCCACCCCCCGCCUCCGCCCACCUCGCCCCCCUCUUCGGCGCCAUCGCCAACAUACUUGGGCUUAGCCUCCACCAGACGGCGUACGUGUUCAUGCUGGCGCACGCCAAGGCGCUCGCGUCGGCCGCCGUGCGCGCGGGGGUGUUCGGGCCCUACCAGGCGCAGCGGCUGCUGGCGGGCUCUGAAGUACAGGGUUUGAUAAGGGAGGUCGUCGAGCGCGAGUGGUUGACCAAAAUCGAGGAGGCCGGGCAGAGCGUGCCGGUUAUGGAUCUCUGGGUUGGGCGGCAUGAGUUGCUUUAUUCGAGGAUUUUUAAUAGUUGA